AUGACGGAACCACUUAAUGACUCCCAGCUGGGACAACGCCCAAGCCGUCAACAAUAUGACGAUACAUUCGACGGCAACGAAGUAUUAGAAGGAAGUGGUGAAGAUUCUGAUGUGGAAAAGGGAAACCAACACAGCGAUAACGGGAGGGCCGAACAACUGAGGAGGAAAGAGUCCAAACAGAAGGACCCAAACUUGAUCGAAUGGGACGGCCCGGAUGACCCGGAGAACCCAAUGAACUGGCCAACAAACAAGAAGUGGAUAGUUACCAUUGCCUUGGGCAUGAUGACUUUCUGCGUAACGUUCGCCUCGAGUGUUUUCAGUAAUGCAACAGUCCCGGUUGCUGAGCUGUUCGGGGUCUCGACCGAGGUCACUACUCUUGGCACUUCGCUCUUCGUCCUCGGCUUUGGAGCUGGGCCUCUGGUUUGGGGUCCUGGCUCUGAGGUCUUCGGGCGAAAGAUGCCUCUAUUCUUUGGCUACUUUUGCUUUGCCAUUUUCCAAAUACCGGUUGCAGUGGCACAAAAUUUAUACACUAUUAUGCUGUGUCGAUUCUUCGGAGGGGCCUUCGCGUCGGCUCCUCUUGCAAUUGUGGGAGGAGCCCUCGCAGACUUCUUUGGACCUGUGGACAGAGGCAUUGCUGUCUGUGUUUUUGCUGCGGCGACCUUUAUUGGCCCUAUUGCGGGACCUAUCAUGGGUGGCUUCAUCACGCAGUCGCACCUUGGCUGGAGAUGGACUGCCUGGAUCACCCUCAUCAUGGCUUCCUUCUUCGGAACCAUCGGAUUUUUAAUUGUCCCAGAGACCUCUCAUUCAAAGAUCCUUCAAUCACGAGCAAAGAAGAUUCGAUUCGAGACCAAGAACUGGGCAAUUCACAGCCAAAGAGACACCAUCAAUAUUAAUCCCAAGUCGCUAGUUAACACUUAUCUAUUACGACCAUUUGAGAUGCUCUUUCGAGAACCAAUUCUACUCCUUGUCACUGUCUACAUGGCACUUAUAUACGGAACGCUGUAUCUCUUCUUCGAAGCGUACCCUAUCUGCUUUCAAGAGGAGCGAGGAUGGAACCAAGGUGUCGGUGCCCUCCCAUUCCUGGGAAUUCUGAUUGGAGUUCUCUGUGGCAGUGUGACUAUCACUAUCGUCACCAAGACCCGAUUUGCUCGCAAGAUGAAAAAGCAUGGUAGAGUCAUUCCCGAAGAACGUCUUCCACCUAUGAUACUCGGCUCAAUCAUUUUGCCAAUCGGACUCUUCUGGUUCGCCUGGACCAGUAGCCCUCACAUCACAUGGGUCCCUCAAGUGAUCGCUGGUAUUCCUAUUGGGUGGGGAAUCCUGAUGAUCUUCUUGCAGGGCUUGAACUACAUUAUCGACGUCUACAUGUGGCAUGCAAAUAGUGCCAUUGCCGCUAAUACUCUUCUACGGUCCCUUGCUGGCGCCGGUUUCCCCCUGUUUGCUAGAGCCAUGUAUCUCAACCUCGGCGUCAACUGGGCUACGUCCUUGCUUGGUUUCCUCUGCAUUGCCAUGAUUCCGGCGCCAGUCUUGUUCUAUAUUUAUGGAGCCAAGAUCAGAAAGAUGAGCAAGUUCAGCCCAUCGGUCUAA